AAUUUCAUCGAGAUCGUUUUCAUCUAAAUCAAUCGCAAAUCUCAAUCUCAAUCCUGCUGAAUCGUUGAUCGUUUUCAUCGAUUUGCCGGUACCUGCGAGAUUGAGAUCAAUCCUGCUGAAUCGUUCAUCGUUUUCAUCGAUUUGCUGGAACCCUAGCUCCUCUGUUCAUUCAUUGAUUUGCUGAUUUAUCCUCGUCUAUUUUAAUGAUGUCUACUACUGUCGAUGGAGUUCGUAUCUGUCCAACUACUGGUAAUCAGUAUUAUACUCCUAUUGUUCCAGAUUCUUCCAAACCUGUAGUUGGUAUGCAUUUCCAGUCAAUUGAUUCUGCCUUUAAUUUCUAUAAGAAGUAUGCUAAGUUAUCUGGGUUUGAGGGUCGAAAGCAUACUCAAUCUUCAAAAAAUGGUGUUGUGGUUAGAAAGUACUUUGUUUGUGCGAAAGAGGGUUCAGCGACAUCCUGUGCUGUUGACACGGUAAAUGAUAGUGUUGGUGCUGAUAAAAAGUUAAAUGACCGAAGGAGGAGACCUUCUAAACGUACCGGAUGUAAGGCACACAUCCGUUUGUCUUUAACUCCAAAAAAUACUUAUAGAAUUUCUCAUGUAUUUGAGGAGCAUAAUCAUUCUUUUGUUGAUGAAGAGGAUUAUCAUCUUUUAGCUUCGUCUAGAAAGUUGACAUUCACUGAAGAGCAACUGCUUUCUGAUUUUUCUGAGAUGAAUAUUGGUCCAGUUAGGGCAUUCAACCUUAUGAGAAAGAUUCGUGGUGGAUUUGAUAAGGUUGGAGUGAUGUCUACUGAUUUUUGA